AUGCGUAUCCAAGCGGGACGGGGGGAGGGGGGUCACUCGACCAGCCUGGGAGACGGCCAAGGCUCGGGCGAACUAGAGUUUGCAGGGAUUGACCAUUUGUGGAGGGACCGAGAUUCUGAGAGACCAGUGCUCAAGACUAGCAACCCUGGCACCACCGAUGCCUUCCUGCACUACCGCACCAGCAAGGUGCGGGCCCUGCGGGCAGCCAGGCUGGAGCGGUUGGUGCAUGAGCUGGUGUCUGGGGACCCAGCCCAGGACCCGAGCUUUGUACCUGCUUUCCUGGCCACCUACCGGGCCUUUGCGCCCACCGCACACGUGCUGGGCUUCCUGCUGCCCCCUCCUCCCCCGCCCCCACCUCUCAGGGUAGAAAGCAAGACAGAUGGACAAGAUCUGAGCAUCACCAAGAACCUAAGGGCUGUGGUGUCCGUGCUGGGCUCGUGGCUCCAGGACCACCCUCAGGAUUUCCGAGACCCCCCUGCCCAUCCAGACCUGGGCACUGUCCGGAUCUUUCUGGGUUGGGCGGCUCCAGGAGGAGUUGAGGCCCAGGAAGCAGAGAAACUUCUGGAAGAAUUUUUGAAGGAGACUGAACGAGAACAGGAAGAAGAAGAGCAGUCUGUGGCCCGGGCAGGGUCCCUCAGGACCAACUCCCAGGAGGGCCUGGCUGAAGAGGAGGAGGAAGAGGCCGGGCAGGAAGGCCCGGAGCUCCUGGAUUUCAGCGAGGACGAGGUGGCCGAGCAGCUGACUCUCAUAGAUGUGGAGCUCUUCUCGCGCGUGCGGACCUGCGAGUGCCUGGGCUCGGUGUGGUCUCAGCGGGACCGGCCCGGAGGCGCAGGUGUCUCCCCGACCGUCCGCGCCACCGUGGCCCAGUUCAACAAGGUGACUGGCUACGUGCUGGGCUCGGUGCUGGGGGCACCGGGCCUGGCCGCGCUGCAGCGGGCGCAGCGGAUCGAGAAGUGGAUCCGCAUUGCCCAGCGCUGCCGGGAACUGCGGAACUUCUCGUCCUUGCGGGCCAUCCUGUCCGCCUUGCAGUCGAACCCCAUCUACCGGCUGAAGCGCAGCUGGGGGGCCGUGAGCCGGGAACCAUUAUCCACUUUCAGAAAACUUUCACAGAUUUUUUCCGACGAGAACAACCACCUCAGUAGCCGAGAGAUUCUUUCUCAGGAGGAGGCUACGGAGAAACCCCAGGAGGAGGACAGCAGCACUCCAGGGAGCCUGUCCUCCAAGCUUCCCCCAGGUCCAGUUCCCUAUCUGGGGACCUUCCUCACCGACUUGGUUAUGUUGGACACAGCCCUGCCGGACAAGUUGAAGGGGGAUCUUAUCAACUUUGAGAAGAGGAGGAAGGAGUGGGAGAUCCUGGCCCGAAUCCAGCAGCUGCAGAGAAGCUGCCGGAGCUACAGCCUGAGCCCCCACCCGCCCAUCAUGGCUGCCCUGGAAGCCCAGCGCCAGCUCAACGAGGAGCAGAGCUACCGAAUCUCCCGGGUCAUUGAGCCACCGGCUGCCUCCUGUCCCAGCUCCCCACGCAUCCGGAGGCGCAUCAGCCUCACCAAGCGGCUCAGUGCGAAGCUGUCUCGAGAGAAAAGCUCAUCUCCCGGUGCCAGUCCUGGGGACCCCGCAUCACCCCCCUCCAGUCUGUCCCCAGGCUCCCCUCCUUCCAGUCCUAGAACCAAGGACCCCCCAAGCAGCCCUCCAUCCUCUCCAGGGCCUCAGGGCCCCAGCACCAAGCUGCCUGUGAGCCUGGACCCCCCAGGUCCCCGGUCCCCAGCGCCAACCCUGAGCAGCCCUAGAGUACCCCCCUCAGGACAGCAGAACUCGGAAGCCCGGAUCAUCCGGGUCAGCAUGGACAAUGACCAUGGGAAUUUAUACCGGAGCAUUUUGCUCACUAGUCAGGACAAAGCACCCAGCGUGGUCCAGCGAGCCCUAGACAAACACAAUGUGUCCCAGUGUGGGUCUCGUGACUACCAGCUAUUCCAGGUCCUACCUGGGGACAGAGUGCUCCUGAUUCCGGACAAUGCCAAUGUCUUCUAUGCCAUGAGUCCUCAAGCCCCCGGAGACUUCGUACUGCGUAGGAAGGAGGGGACCCGGCCCACACCCUCUGUCUCCCCAACCUGACCCCCAGAGCAUCUUGGGUCCUCGCUCCUACACCAUGGAAGUUGGGGGGACCUCUGCCCUGGGAAGCCUCCACCUCCUCUUUUUCUCUUCUUUCUUUUCUUUGGUAGAUUGUAGGGCUUGAACUCAGG